AUGAAAUUAUAUAUUCGCACCGGUCAGCCCCUGCAAGAUGUUUACUAUACCUGGGAUCUGCGUCGCUUUGAUGACGAACCACUCGAAACUGGUCAGCUGGCUGAGAUUGUGGAUAUUUCAGCUGCUGACGGUGGAAAAUUGAUGCUAUCUGGGUCGCGUUCCACUGCAGAAAAUGUGAAAGGGCGCUGUCUCGCCUCCCGCGAGCUCUCCCCCAAACCACCUGCUGGCAAAGAUUCGGACACCGCUGAGAAACCUGAGGCUGAGAAAGGCGUACAUCUACAGGGACAAGGUCGUGUCAUCUAUGCAUCGUCUCCCUUCUUCCGUUUCGACAUUCGUGGUGAAGCUGAGGGCAGAGUAACAGAGGAAUUUACUGAAGAAUUGCCAGGUACUUGGCCCUCGGCGCCAGACAGUAUCCUAAAGGUGCUGUUCAGGGAGCCUUGCCCCUUUUCCAAUUUAGAAUAUUUGACCAAAAUAUCUGUUCACGUCGAAGGUCUUAAUCAGGAUGGGACGCUGACUAGACGGUCUGGCGAAAACGUUGUGUUGAAAUGCAGAGCUCGUUUCGAGAAUGGUCAGGAGGUUGGAAAAGGGCUUCAGUAUGAAUGGCGCCUGUCUACAGGACCUGAUAAUCGCCCUCUGCCUCUAAACGAGAUGGCGGCUCAGGUGUACUUGCAAAAUGCAGAGCUCCACCUUUCCAAACUUUCUCCAACUUAUGAGGCUAAAAGUCGUGGAGGCUUGCGGGGAGUCUGUGCGGCUCGACUCUCUGAACCGGCGGUCACUCGAGCUGUGGAGCUGGCACAAACGGGCUCUCAGCUACCUGCUGUUGUCGGCUCUGCAGGAGCCAAGUCAACCGGUGCCUCCAGGACGGAAGCUGGAGUUGAGCAGACAACGGCGCCCACUCAAAAGGAAUGGCAGCGAGCUAGGCAGGUGGUCUCGGAUGCCUUUGCGAUACAUGUUAAGAGACGCCUGGAGCCUGGAGCUCCGGAUCCUGAAGAUGAGCAGAUAGGCGAAGGCGAUCCGAAAGGACCCUACAUCUGGACACCUGGAUCAGGUCAGUUCUAUCCCUUUCUAUUUAUUUCUUACCAUCUAUCGGCGAUCCGAGACUAUUACCUAUAUUCAUGGGGACUAGAUUUUAAGACUUAA